AUGGACGACUUCAUGUUUCGCACAGAGGUGCGGGCCUGCACCUAUCUCCCCGAGACGACUUCCUAUCUCGAAAUAUUCGUCUAUUCGGAUGGCAACAUAGAAUGCGAGCAGCAUCCUCUCACCGACGAUGAGUUUGAGAACUUUCUCCAUCGCAGGGGGGCAUUCUUACCACCAACGCUCAAGCCUGGCGUUGAACUGGUUGGCGGACUACGGCUUGUGAUUCAGAAGGAUGCCACUCAGGACAACACCUUCGCGCCGAGGCACAUCAGCUUGAAGCCCGAGAUGUAUGAAGCUAUGGUCAAGUCUAUGCACCUCCCAACACGAGGCAUCGAGGGCAGUGCGCUGGUCGGCCCCUGCUUCUGGGCCGCUUAUGAUCAAGACGAGGACGAUCAACAUCUUCAAAUCAUCUUCCGCAAGUCAGACGUCCGCAAAAAGGGCAAGACAAGAGGCUGGGAGUCGAUGCUCUCGUACGAGUUCAAGACGGGCAUCACGACAGGUUACGUCAAGGGCACCCCGUCGUCCGACAUAGUAGUCGCGCUCGAGCACCUGAUCAACUGCCAGGGCGAGGUCGGCCAUCCAAUGCUACUGCCCAUGAUCAUCAUCUCGCACGACCUGUCGGCCAAGAUCGACAUCCGUCAGCGCGAGGCCCGGCACUGGCUGCGCCGGCUCGAGAACGCCAUCACGCUGCGCGACGAGGUUGUCGACAGCGAUGUGUACACCGACUUCGACGUGGACGUCAUUAACCGGGACCUCGUCGAGUGCCACUCCCAGGUCCUCUGGAAGCGCCCGCAGGCGUACCGCGAGAUCAUCAAGGACAUGAAUGCCGCGAUGGACAAGUUCGACGCCAAGGUCGCUGGCGUGCAGAGGACAAAGAGCAUCAUGGCGCUGCACCACAACAUGCUGUCCCGACUCGACUUCUACCGGGCCAAGCUGACCAGCAUGGAGCACUACAUCCACACCACUCUGGAGCGGCUGACCAUUCAGCGGCAGGCGCUGUACAACAUCAUGGCACAGCGAGAGUCCAAGCUCAACCUGGAGAUGGCCGCGCAGCAGCGACGCCUGGCGCACGCGAGCAAACGUGACAGCACGGCCAUGAAGGCGCUGUCACUGCUUGGUGCCAUGUUUCUGCCUGGCACUUUCGUGGCAUCUCUGCUGAGCAUGACGUUCUUUGACUUCAACGUCGGCCCGCAAUGGGGAUCGGACUCGGAUCCGCCCGGCGAGGGCGCCCAGGUGUCCAAGGAGGUGUGGAUCUACUUUGCCAUUACGAUCCCGCUGACGCUGUUCAUCGUGGGCACCUGGUGGUUCCUGGACCAUCGCCGGGAGAAGAUGUACAAGAACGAGGACGACGAGAUCGAGCGCGGCAUCACGAGCAUGGAGACGGACAUCCUGGCCAUCAUGCGCAAGAAGACAAUGAGCAAGGCGAGCACGUGGAAGUCGCCGGGGCCGGGUUAG